UUUGGCCGUAUUUGUUUUGUGUUUUCAUUGCAAAAAAGAGGCUGGCGAGGAACUUCUAGCUUUUGUGCGUGGACCGACGAUCGAAGCAGACCAGAAUAAGACGGACGCACCUAGGAAGACCAGUGACAUGUCGCGUUGACGACGUUCGCACGCCGCUGCAGUUUCCGAGAGCCGUUUUGCAGGAGAGAAACAUGAGUUGCAGUGUCGCCGAGUGACUUUGGAUCGGGCCGAGUUUUGAGCGGCAGAGAAAGCGCGUCUCCGCCCCGCACCCUCGCCCGUCCCGGUCUUUGAUGCUAAAUCUACGACUGGUGUCGACGCACUUCCUGAAGCAGCCGUAGGUGCGGCCCACCCGCGCCACGGACCACCCAUUCAGCCUCUCCGUCCUUUGACAAAUUAUUUUGACCGAAGACAACUCUCGAGCAACAUGUGCAGGGACCGCGAUAUGAACCUGCUCGGACCCUGAGACCGGACAAUUGAAACUGAAACCUUCUUUCUGCCCCCGACACACCGAAUCCACCAUUAAGAGAAGACUGGGUUGUUGCAUUUCGCCACGGGGUGGUGGCAUCGACGAAGAACAACGCAUGAGACGCCCAGGAACAUGCGGUGGCUCACAACUGAGCCCUGCCGAAAGCGCGCUGAGCAGGGUGCGACGCCUGCUGAGCAACUCGCUGCCGGGCCGGCGAACGGCCAACAAGACGAUGGGCGUGUCCCUCGAGGAACUCACCGCCCGGCCAGACGCUCAGGACGGCGUGCCCUUCGUCGUCCUCCGAUUGUGUUCAUACAUUGACUCCACAGGGGUAGGAUGGUCGGAGCUGUGCGAGUCGCCGAGCAACGAGAAGUUGAUCGAGAGCCUCAAGUGCACGUUUGAGCGGACGGGGGACGCCGAUCUGGAGGCGGUCGCCACCCCCAACGCGGCCGUCGCGCUGCUCAAGUGCUUCUUGCAGCAGCUGCCGGAGCCGCCCGUCACCGACUCGGCCGCCCUCGACCUGCUCAACCUCGUCCAAGAAAACUCGAGCGACUGCUCGCAGGAGGUGCGCAAGAUUUUGAGCGCCAUGCCUGAGGCCAACCGGCGCCUCGUGCGCCACGUGGCCUCGUUUCUGCGCAGGGCGGCGCGCAGGGACGCCAAGAAGCGUGCGGACGUCGAAGCCCUCGGCAGCGCCUUCGGGCCCUGCCUCUUCAAGUACGACCACAACCCGGCCGGCCAGAAGGUCUUCGGCGCCGUCGCCGCCCAACUCCUCCUCGACUUCCACCUCAUCUUCCCUGAGUGUAGCGACGACGGACUCGCAGGCAUGCACGGCGAGCCGCCGCUGGAGGUGUGCGUGGAGGUGCCCGAACUGGCCCACCAGCACCGGAAGCGCAAGGAGCGGCACGAGAGCGCCGGCUCCUCGCAGAUCCCGCAGGAGCGCAAGGUCAUCAGGUCCAACUCGCAAGAGCGGUCUAGUGACGAGCCAAGUGAAAAAGAAAAAACGCCAAAGGCGAUGAUUCAAGACGUGGAGGAGACUGGAACAAAUAAAAAUAUGCUUCCCCUGCAUGAGCACAAUUGUGUGGAGGCGCCGAUGGAGGAAGAGGAUUUGGAGCACGAGCGGCGCCGCAGCUCGGAAAGGUUUGCCAGUUUCCCCAGGUCGUCGACCCCGCGCGGGGGCAACCGGCGGCACCACCAGCCGCGCAAGACGCGCCGGGGCGCGCCCCCCUCCUCCUCCGAGGGCAGCAAGGAGAACGAGCGGGCGCACCACCAUCACCACCACCACCACCAUCUGCAUGUGCAGGAUGACGUGCCCAACGCCAGUCACUCGUUCCUCCAGCUGCACCCCCAGGACGAGUGCGAGAGCCGCGAACGCUCCCCCUCCCCGGCCACCCCCAGGGCCGCGCCGCCCGUCCUCGACCUCAGCACCCUCAUCCAGCAAAUCGGCUACACUGAGCCGGUGCCAUCUCAGCCGCCACGCCACAGAGUACCGGAGGAGUCGCAGGUGUUGCUGUCCCCUCGGAACUCUGUGAUUCUGACGCGGCGGAUGGACCCGAACGUGGCGCCAAGCCCGCCGGUGGAGCACUCAGAGUCGCUGCGGCGGCGCGACGAGGAGAGCCACGAGAGCAAGACUAAGCAGAUCAACAAGCAGAUCGCCAACCUGAAGAAGAAGAUCAAGGUGUACGAGGAGCAGUUUGAGACGCAGAACGGCUACCGACCCUCGCACGCCGACAAACUCAACAACAAGGACCUGAAGAAGAUGUUCUCGGAACUGACCAAGCUGAGGAAGGAGCUCAAACAAGUAAAGGAGGAAGCUGCAAACAAGACUGUCCAGCAGAGUGUUGAGAAGACCAAGACCAUCGUUGUCCCGACCCUCAGCGACACCCUGAAAGAAGUUCAAACUAAACUGGAGGAGAAGCGGUUUGAGGCGGGUCGGCCUGUUGAUCUGGAGGCGCUGAGUCGGGAGGAGUUGCAGGCUGAAAAGGUGUCCCUGCAGAAGGCGCUGCUGCACCUCGAGAGUCUGCACGGACGGCCGUCAACAAAGGGUGAUCGCGACCUGGUGCGACCUUUGUACGACCGUUACCGCAGCCUCAAGCGGCUGGUCAUCAGGAGCGGCGGUUCCAAGUUGAGAGACAGCAUGUCCGAACUGGCCACCAUCCUCGAACAUGAAACCAUGGACUUCACCUCGCCGCCCGAGACCAACCUCAACAUGCUGCCCUCGUCCGACUUGGACGCGGCCGAGAAUGAUGAGGACAACGAGGACGACGACCCAUGCGAGAAUCUGCACUCCCUCUCCCUGACCGAGUUGAUUGCGCGGCAGGCGGAGGCCAAAGAGUUGAAGCACAAGUUGCGGCGCGAGUUGCGCGACUUUGAGGACGAGUUCCAAAAGUCGACAGGCCGGCGGCUGCAGAAGGAGGAUCGGGAGCCCAAGCAGCGCGAGUACGCCGUCUACAAACAGGCCAAGGCGCGCCUGCGACUGCUGGACGCGCUGCUGACCAAGCGCGGCGGCACCCAUUUCAACCGCAGCUGCUGAACAGCUUUGACAGUGGCCGGGCCCUGUUUCACUUAAUUGUUUAUUUUUUACUUGAGAAGGGGUGGAUUCUGAAUUCGCCCGGUCCGUAGACAUGUUUUAAUGUUUCCCUGCAGCAAACGGGGCCCGGCGACUUUCUUCUGUGAAAGUAAAGUGGUCAUUCCGAGUGAUCAGUAGCUUUAAAAAAAAAACGAACACUCUGGCCAUCAGUCCUAUUUUUCUACUUGCUUCUCUUCUUUUGCCAAAUGGUUCGAGCAAAUUGAUUGCGGCGGAAAUUAUUAAAAUAUUUUCCCCUUUUUCUGACUCCUGUAUAAUUAUAAAUAUACUCGGUUGAGCUGUAGUACUGUGUAUCAAGAGAGCCUAAAAUAGGUUAAAGAAGAAGUGUAGAUUGCAAUAUGAUUACAUAGAUAUAUAAAAAUAAGAAAUAUCAAAUCUGUGUAUAUGUUGGUGUAGCAUAACAAACAAUGUGUAAUCAACGUAAUUAAUUUCACGGCCAAGAAAACGGAAGCUAGGCUUCCACAUCUCGCCGGAAACAAUUUAUAUAUAUAUAUAUGUUAAUCAAGAGACGAUCGAAAAUUAUGUAAACAGAGUUGCCAAAUCGCGAUUGAUUGAUAUUCUCUCACACACUCUUGUACUUUUUACUUGCUUGACUUUUGCAACAAGAUUUAGAAU